UGUGUCCAGUGACAUCAAUUUCCCCAUGAAGGGCCGUCGGGGAAUGAAAGAUUGGGCCCGCCACUCCGAAGACAAGAUCUUCAUUCCCAAAGAAGUGCUGAAUCUCUCCUCAUCUGAAACAGAUGACUCAGCUUAUUUCGUCAUUGGCGCCAUCCUGUAUCGCACCUUGGGACUAAUUCUGCCCCCUCCUAGAAGUCCUCUCGCGGUCAUGUCCAAAGUUCUCACGGUGACGGUGAAGCCACCAACGAAGGCCAUGGAACCUUUGAUUACGGUGGAGUUGUCUCAUAUUAUCAAUGGCACCUCACAUCCACAGUGUGUGACCUGGGAAUACACUAAAGUAGAGACUGGCGCUGGGAACUGGGACACUGAAAACUGCCAGACGGUGGAAACCCUCUCAUCUCACACCAAGUGCCAGUGCAAACAGCUCUCGACCUUUGCCGUGAUUGCCCAGCUCCCCAAAGACCUGGCCAUGGAUUCUGGCAGUUCUCCUUCAGUCCCUCUCAUGAUUGGCUGUGCAGUGUCCUGUAUGGCUUUGCUGACCUUGUUAGCGAUCUAUGCAGCAUUUUGGAGGUUUAUCAAAUCUGAACGUUCCAUCAUUCUUCUGAAUUUUUGUGUCUCCAUUUUGGCCUCCAAUGUCUUGAUCCUGGUGGGACAGUCCCAGAUGCUUAGUAAGGGCAUCUGCACCAUGACAGCAGCCUUCCUCCACUUCUUCUUCCUCUCUUCCUUCUGUUGGGUGCUGACAGAGGCUUGGCAAUCUUACUUGGCUGUGAUUGGUAGAAUCCGAACACGGCUAGUUCGUAAACGCUUCCUCUGCCUCGGAUGGGGUCUGCCAGCCUUGGUGGUUGCCGUUUCAGUUGGCUUCACUCGGACCAAAGGAUAUGGGACAGCCAACUACUGCUGGCUGUCCCUUGAAGGAGGAUUGCUGUAUGCCUUUGUGGGUCCUGCUGCUGUGAUUGUUCUGGUCAACAUGCUAAUUGGAAUCAUCGUCUUCAACAAGCUGGUGUCUCGAGAUGGCAUUUCAGAUAAGUCCAAAAAGCAGCGAGCUGGGGCAUCGCUGUGGAGCUCCUGCGUGGUUCUUCCCCUCCUGGCGCUCACCUGGAUGUCGGCUGUGCUUGCCAUGACUGACCGACGCUCCAUCCUCUUUCAAGUCCUCUUUGCCGUCUUCAAUUCAGUGCAGGGCUUCGUCAUCAUCACCGUCCACUGCUUUCUGCGCAGAGAGGUCCAAGAUGUGGUGAAAUGCCAGAUUGGGGUGUGUAAAAGUGAUGAAAAUGAGAAUUCCCCAGAUUCCUGCAAGAAUGGACAAGUCCAGAUCAUGACAGAUUUUGAAAAGGAUGUUGACCUGGCGUGUCAGACAGUCCUCUUUAAAGAGGUUAACACGUGCAACCCAGCUACCAUCACAAGCACAUUGUCGCGCAUCUCCCUGGACGGUGAUGAGGAUCCAAAGCUCAAUACCAGCUCCGAAAGUGGCCUGGGCUUCUCCACCCUCCCUGGGAACAUCCCGCCCACUUCCAUCCUGGUCCAGAUGCCGCAAAUGACACACAAUGUGGUGAAAGGGCUGAAGGAGCUCAGCGAUCCCCCUGCCAAGAAGGACGUUAACUUGGAUGUGGCGCGAGGGCCGGUCUACCUGUGCGGCGACAGCAACCUGCGGCAACUGGAUUACGGCUGGCUGCGUUCCCAGGAGGCUUCCCUUGAGAGCAAUUACAUGGUGCUUCCCCGGCGGACAGUGAGCCUUAAACCUUUCACCAGGGAAGAGGGCAAACUCAACGUCAAGUUGGAUGAACCUCCAGGCCUGGCCCAGGGCCGGCACUCGAUGGAGGCCGAGGCUUACCCCAGCUUUGCCUCAAUGGACCAAAUCAACGUGAACUUGAACCAGCCCUAUGGGACCGUCAAGCACCCAUAUGGCCUUCAAUUCAAGCAGCACCCCACCGUGCGGCAGAUCCUGGCCUCAGAGUUGUCAGAGCGCAGCCGCAGCAUGCCACGCACCGUGCCCGGGUCAGCCAUGAAAGUGGGCUCCCUGGAGAAAGUUAUGCACACAAAGAAACGCCACUCAGAACUCUACCACGAGUUGAAUCAGAAAUUCCACACGUUGGAUCGGUAUCGUGCUCCGGCCACUAAUGCUGCAAAGAGAGAAAAGCGCUGGAGCGUCUCUUCAGGAAGUGGCGAAAAGAAUAUGACCAGCCAAGAGGUCACGAGCCCAGAGAGCCAGCAACAGAAGCAAAAGUCUUGGAGCACCUUCAAGGCCAUGACGCUGAGCUCCCUGCCCCCCAAGCCACGGGAGAAGCUGGAGCUGCACUCGGCCGACUGGGAAAAGCAUUGCAUGAGCCUGGAUCUGUCGGAGGGCGACUUCCAAACAGAAGUGUGAGCCUCAUGGACUCUGUGAUUUAGCAACCUAUAAAUAUAUAUAAAUAUAAAUAUAUAUAUAUAUAUAUAUUUUUCACACUGACACUUUGGAAAAAUCAAGCAAAUCAGGACAGACAAGAGUUUCUUCCCCUUCUGGCAUUUUUCCGGGGAGACUUUUUUUUAAACUCGGCCCUCUCUUUAAACACACCUCAAGGAGGAAGGCC